GUGUUACUCAGGAAGCAGCACGGACUGAUUUGAGGGAGCACCAGCCGCGCUUCCGGUCUCUUUCCCGUCGGCCGCCGGAGCAACAUGACGAAGGGAACAUCAUCUUUCGGCAAGCGCCGCAACAAGACGCACACCUUGUGCCGUCGCUGCGGCUCCAAGGCUUAUCACCUGCAGAAGUCCAGCUGCGGCAAGUGUGGCUACCCCGAGAAGCGCAAGAGGAAGUACAACUGGAGUGCUAAAGCCAAGAGGAGGAACACCACUGGCACUGGCCGUCUGAGACACCUGAAGGUCGUCUACCGCAGAUUCAGAAAUGGAUUCCGGGAAGGCACCACCCCCAAACCCAGACGCGCCGCAGUGGCUGCUUCCAGCUCAUCCUAAGAGACACAUUUGUGAUUAAAUAAACGUAAUGUUUAACAGAA